UCGUUCGUUUUAAUCAGUUUUCAACAAGCGUUUUGAGGGGAUUGUUGUCGAAUGCGGUCAAAGUUUACGUGUUUAACUUCGUCAUUCGACUAACUUAUUAUUUUUAUUCAGUGGGUACUCAAUUAUUACAUUUUUAAUUUCUAUGUCACGCAAUCUUACCUUAAAUAUUAUUUAUCGUUGUAUUCCUAGUGUUUAUUUUGAAGAUAAACGAUAACAAUCGUAGCCGGUUAUACUACAGAAAGUGUUAAGUGGUAUCAUGAUGUGCAAAUUGGCAGUUUGCAGUUUUAUUACAUUAAUAAUAACACAUUUUUCUGAUGCAAUCAAGGAGCACUGCAACCAAGAAGAAGACAUGUUACAAAAAUGCUCCAUGGCCCUACCGGUCCUCAGUUCGCCUGACAUUUCCUUCGCCCUUACACAGGAGGAACUCGACAAGAGCUGCAUCGAGCUCCGCUCAGGCAUACGCUGCAUAGAAAACUACACCCAAGUCUGUAUGGAGAAGCACGAACAAGUUGUGUUCAAGAGAAUAUACGCCGGCAUAACCGACGUGAUCCAAGAACUUUGCACCCGAGGAACAUACCAGGACGAGUAUUUGAGGCAUGCCAAUUGCGUCAAGAAUGUUCGGCCGGAGUAUGAGAGCUGCAGUAAGAAGUAUGAAGUAACACUUACGACGCUGAGCCAGCCGCAGAAAACGGAGCGGUACAGCACGGGGAAAGACGAGGCUACAAGCCAUGAGGAUCAUUUGAGGACUGUUUGCUGUUCCUUCCAAGAGUAUUUGCUGUGCUCGGAGCAAACAGUCCAGAGAUCGUGUGGAGACGAUGCGGCCCUCUUCACCAGUGCGUUCCUCAAGAAGAUGGCUUCUAAUAUCAUUAUGAACUUUUGCUUUGAAUACCGAGGGCAAGAAUGCGCAUUGAGUGGCAAAGGAGCGCGUAAUAGCAUCAGUUUAUUACUAAUCGGCGUUAUCCUAUUAGCGAACCUUUUCGGCGCCGCAAACUUCUUGGUGCCAACGUAAAUGGUAUUUUAAAAUAGGAACUAAUUUUAACAUAGAAGGCUAGUGUGGCAGCUAGUAAAAAUAAAAUAUGAACACGGCAAGAGUCGGAUGCUAUGUUGGAAGCGCAGUGGAGUGUAAAUAAUGAACGUGGAUGGAUGCAUCCGUUCAUCGUUCAGUGCUUAGAAUGUAUUAUAGAUACACAUAGUUGUGUUUUUUGAUUAUGAAAAGAGUGGAAGGCAAGCGAGUUUAUCCAUAAAAGUUUGAUAUAGGUUAUAUUCCAAGACCUUCUGAAUAUAAUUAUUAUAUUCUUAUUACUUGUAAAACAAGAACUUUUUGUACCAUUAAACAUAUUUUCCUUUAAUGUAUUUUUAAAUGUGUACAUCACAUAGUUUUCUAAUUAGUCUUAAAAUAAUACUUCAGAUUGAAAAGGCUGUAAGUUGUUUUUUUUUUAAGUUUAAUGCCAGUACUUUUGAAAAGUAAAUAAAAAAUCUAGUCUUGACCUAAGUUAAAAUGUUAACUUUGAGGUGGUUAAACUUCAAUCCAAAGAAAUUUACCUAAACUGGUUCACAAAAUUAAAUUUUGUGUUUGAGCCAUGUAAUAUUAAAAUUCACACCAAAGAGCAGGAUAACAAGUAAUUUGUUUUUAUGUAGUUGGGAACUUAUUUUCAUUAAAAAAAGAAGUAAAUAUUAUUUGCCUUGAUAAAUAUUCGGCUAGUCAUUUAUAACCCGUUGUUUAAAAUCAUAUAGGUACCUAAUCAUAACCACCUUAAAGUACGUAAAUAUCUUGGAAAUAUAACGCGUAUUGUGAGUAAGUUAUACGAUUCAUUAAUUUCUUAUCUUGUGUUUGUGGUAUUGUAGUAUAUCAAGCAGUUUUGUUUUUAUUAGGUAAAUUGUUAGAUCACAUACAAUAAAAAUUAAAAAAGUUGAUGUUAACAAAAAAAAGUUAUUCGAUUUAAUUCUGCUCAAAAUUUUUAUUGCUGUUAUAUUUAUCUCAUUUGCCAUUGUAUAAAAUGAAUUAUAUGAAUAUGAUUAUUAUUAAUAUAAAUUUAAAAUAAAUAAAAUGACAUGUUAUUUUUUUUAAGUAUAAAUUGGAUGGUCAGUCCUAGAUGCUCAGAACAUCCUGUGAUAGUUGUAAGAAAUUACUCUUAAUAUAUACUAAGUAUAUAGCUUUACCUAGUUUUGUAUAUGCACUAGAAACUUUUAUUCUAUUGUCAUUCCUUGUAUUAGUUGAUGCUUUUUGUAAUACCAGCCAAUAAGUAUAAUAUAAUAUAUUUAUAUGAAAAUUAAAUAACACGCGUUAUCAUUGAAAAAGAAAAUCUAACAAUAAAAUCAUUAAGGCAAAGUUUGUCAAAAGUUUAUACAAACACUCAUUAUUUGUAUUUCACCUAUGUCUGAAAACAAAAGAAAAAAUGAGAAAACAAUAAGAAAAAAAUAUUUUAAAAGGAAUCAAAAUGUUAUAAUAAAUAUACAUGUUUUAUUUUAGGCUUAUAAAUUGUGCAUUAAAGGCCAAAUAUUGAAAUUGUUAUGUUACAUAUGUUUUUCCAAUUUCAGUUUUGUAUCUAUACCUGUAUACUGAGAUUAUUUGUUGAUUUUGUUUAUUAAAUUAAAUUAUACCAUUGUAAAUAAAUUAUAAACAUCUACAUAUCACUAUUAAAAUUAAAAAUAUCUUAACUGCCUCGCGCUACUCUAAUUUGAAAAUAUUUCGCAUUUUGACAACAGCAUAAUUUCGUAAAAGGUUACAUGGGUAAACUUUUAUACUUAUAUGAAUUCAAAUAAUUAUCAAGAAAUAUUUUAUUUAUAAUUUCAGCUUCCUUUUAGUUGCUCAAAUGGAAAAAGCUACUUAGCUAAAAACUGUUUCAUAAAAAAACUGCGUCAAGCCAGUGAUUGUCGGUACCAUAAAUACAAAUCAUCUCAGAUUUUGAAGAUUAGCAAACAUAAGUUUGUUUUCUUUCAAAUAUCUAAAAAUAAAGUAUUUAAAAAUAUAACCGAAAAUAUUGCAUGACAGUUAUUUUAAAGCUAGGUGACUAUCUACGUAAAAACAAUCUUUGUAAAUUAUGUAAAUCAAUAGUAAGUUGAAUUGUUAAUAUUGUGUCCAGUAAUUAAAAUAUACUUAUUAUGUCCAUCCGUAUCAAUAUUUAUUGGUUAAUCAUGAAUAAAGACAUAGUCUUUUAGAGAUUCUGUUAAAAUAAAGAA